CCAAGCUUCAGUGCAGCUGCCUGCUUCUUAUUCUUCCUUCGCGUCGAUCGGCAGCAUCUGCAAUGGCCAACCACGCAGCCGCCGCUCUCCUGAUCGCGUCCCUCCUCGUGGCGGUCGUCCUCGCCGACGCCAGGGUCGCCGUGCAGGUGCAGCGCGACAUUGUAGGAGGUUAUGCUGCGGUGAAGGCGGUGCCAGCGCUGAAGUGCAACGAGGUGCAUCAGGUGCAGACGGACGACACCUGCUCCUCCAUCGCGGCGAGCGCCGGGCUGACCGACGCUCAGUUCCUCGGCUUCAACCCCAACAUCAACUGCCUCAAGGUCUUCCUUGGCCAGUGGGUCUGCCUCGACGCUUCCUCUGCUUAAGCUAGCAGCCGUGUGCGUAUGCACGCGCCCAUGCGAUGUUGCUGCCAUGAAUAAGGAGGUGUUCUCCGCCAAAACUUACCGUCCUUGGCUUUGCCCUUGUUGUGCCAUUACGUAUUGAGUUGAUCUACCUGUAGUACUACUCCUUAUAUGUUGUCCAACCUCUUGGCUCUUGUUGCUGAACUGUUCUCGCGGCUGAGAUUAAUACAAAGUUCA